AGCGUUGCCAUGGUGACCCGUUCGGGCGGCUGUCAUAAUGGGGGGUGAGCGCGCGGUGUCUAUAAAAGUGAGAAGCGAGUGAAUUUUCUUCAUUCGCGUUUGAGCUGAUCUGAGGUGCAGACGUGACGAUGGAGGCGGAGCACAAAGAGAAAAAGAGCGGAAAGCGAAAGGAGAGACAAGCCAAGGGCUCCUGUGGUCCCACCAAGAAGAGGGAGCUCAAAGAGGACAGUGGCUUCAUCAAUCUGGCACCUGUCAGGCAGAAGCAAGAAAAGACCUGUCAGGCUCUGUAUGUGGACAUGCGUGCUCGCUCUUACUGCGUCCUACCGCCAAUUAAAGCUAGCUGUCCACCACCAGUUCAGGCCAUAAAAGGUGCUUGGUUAGAGAAAGUUGGCCUGGAUGUUUUUGAUGAUCCAUCUCCACCUCCUCCUGUGCAGCCAGAAACAUCCCCUGAGCUGACAUUCGACCUUCCCAGCGAGUCCCUUGACACCCUGUUCAGUGCUCGGCUAUUAGGAAACGAAACUCCAGAACUGAAUGGAGUUGAGGAGUUUCUGGCCAGCCCGGAGCACGAACGUGAGGAGAGUCAGGCCCGAGUCGAGGAGGUGUCAUCUGCUGCUGGUUGUCAUAGGAGAUCACCGACGGUCGAGGAAGUCACUCUGAGUCGGGAUCCUGAAGACUCUAAGGUCCUUACUGUGCCUCCCGCAUUCAUCAAGAAGAUAGCGGAGGAGCUCGUCAAGCGGCUGGAGUCAUUGAUGGUUGGGAUCCCUGUGGUUUCUCUCUACGAGCGCCUGGUGGAGCGUCUGAUAGACGAACUGGAGACCAUGUCCCAUAUAAAAAUUACCCACCAGGUCCUUGGUGGGCGGCUCUUCUCUGACGAGAAUGGAGCCAUUUCUCAUAUUGUCAGUGAGGCAUACAAAAGCCUUUUGAACAAGCACCUGACAAACGGAGCAUCUUAUGUUGACCAGUGGACAAUCAGACAUGCUGUUAAUGCCAUCCUGAUAGCAUUUGCUGACUACGCUCUGGGAUGUUUCCAUGUCUCCGGUUCUUCCCCAGACACUGACACUGCUGUGAAGGCAUCACAGGGGUUGGGGUUUUCUGAAGUUCAGAAGGACUCAGAUCAGCGGCCAAGAACAAAUGAGUUCAAUGGAAGGAGCAAGAGUGCUGCUUCAAUAAAUCUGAGCACCUGGUCCUGCAGCACCAUCCUCAGUGAACCAAAAUUCGAGGACCAGAUCCGAGAAUGCGGUGGAUCUCCUGAUCACAGUGAUCUGAGUGAUGAGUGCUCUGAGAUAUUCGAGGCCUAUCAGAACUACCGAAGGUAUGGCCCCAAAAACAGACCUGGCACAUACCUGGUGAGGUGCACUGAGUCCCCCCUUGAAGAUUCCCCUGAUUUGUGCAGCGCCAUCCCUGCUGUUCAGGUGACUGAAGCCUCUGACGACUUGGUCGAGAAUGAGGAAGACUUGGAGACUCCUGCCCACCCAGAUGGUACUGAGGACACCACCGCAUGCAGAACAAUGAAGAAGCAGCGGCUCAGUUCUCGUGUCUUCAAGUUCCUGAGAAGUGUCUUCUGUUUUGGAUGCAUCCCAUCUCGGCGUGUGGAACCCCUCUAAUUUCCCAUGUCUUCAUCCCGUCCUUGGUGGGCGACUCAUCACUGAUGAGAAUGGAGCCAUUUCUGAUAUUGUUAUGGAGGUCUGUAGUUCUUUCCCAGACACUGACUCUGCUGUGGAGGCAUCACAGGUCUUGGGGUUGCCUGAAGUACAAAGGAAGGUGCGAGAGUGCUGCUUCAACAAAUCUGAGCACCUGGUCGUGCAGCACCGUCCUCAGUGAACCGGGUCUACCAGAAUUCGAGGACCUGAUCCGAGAAUGUGCUGGAUCUCCUGACCUGAAUGAUCUGAGUGGUGAGUGCUCUGCGAUAUUCACCGCCUAUCAGAACUACCGAAGGUACAGCCCCGCAGGUACUGAGGAUGCCACCACAUGCAGAAAAAAGAA